AGUCUUUUAUGAACAACAAUAACACUGGACAGGCAGGUGACAGUACACUGGUGUUUUACGUAACAAUGGGAAAUUUCAAGUCUUUGUUUCUUUUGGACAACGAGGACAAUGAAGACAUAAGAUAUGAUGGUCCGAUAGACCUCGACCAGAUUGCUGUACUCUACAAUGAAAGAUCUAUUAAGGACUCUACAGGCUCUAUUGUUAAGACUGACAGAAUCGGAGUAUCUGAGCUGGACACGCAGGCUAAAUCAAGAGAACCAGUUUCAGGAUCAACAUCACCAAGACAAGUACUAAAAGAUCUUCAGGUGAAACUGUUGUCUGCGGAGGAAAAUGACACAGAAUCAUCUACCAUCAACAGCCUACUAUCUUCUUCCUCAAUAUUACCGCCCACACUCAACCUAGGGACACUCAAAACAGAUUCUUCAAUUUUCGAAGUGUCUUUAAGAAGAGACUCAUUAAGAAAUACUGAAACAGAAUCAACAGAAAGUGAAAGUGAUGUGGAGAAUGUGCCGCCGAAACCUUCAGUAGAACAGUCAUCGUCGACGAGUACUGCCUCCAGCAAAGAGAAGUCACAAAUAGUCUGGGAGAUAGAUCUGUCUGAUUUAGCAGCACCAAAAGAUUUUACAAGAAGAAAAGCAAGAGUCGUUAAGAAGCUGCAAAAGAAUGAAGCGUCGUUCCAAGCUGGAAGUAAAACUGAGGACCUGUAUAUUCCACCCAAGGUAUCGGCAACAACCACAUCACUUGCAGCGAGGAAAGUUUUAGACCAAAGAAGAUGGUUUUGCAUGUCAAGACCUCAAUACAGCAAAUCCUGUGGCCUAUCUUCUGUAGUGUCUUGCUGGAAUUAUUUAUUCUCUACGCUUGGAGCUGGAAGUCACCGUCCAAUCACACAAGAGGAAGCUCUGACAGUCUUAGGCUUUAAACCUCCAUUCGGUGAAAUUCGUUUCGGCCCAUUUACGGGCAAUGGUACUUUAAUGAGAUGGUUUAAAAAGCUCAACAACCAUUACGGAACAAGAGGCAAGUCCUACUACAUGUACAAGCCGGUAGGUAAAUGUCGUACCCUAGGCAGAACAUCUGAAGAAGCCUUAAAGAUUCUCAAGAGUGGACUUCAAGAUCCAGGGACGACAUUCAUCUACCAUUGCUGGAAUCAUUACUUCUGUCCUGUGGGGUUUGAAGACGUUCCAAAGAAAGCCGAGGAUGCCUACAGGUGUCCUCUUACUGACAACGAGGUUGACAGUUGGAUUCUUGUUGGAGACCCAAGUCGCAAACAGCCAGGGAUUCACUGUUUCAGAUGGGACGACAUUUCCUUGGAUUUAAACUGCAAGAGUCCACAGUGUCUGAACAUUCGCAAGCUUCAUUUAGGAGUUCAAACCAGGAAGACGAAGCGGGUUGGUGGAAACCUUCACUGUCUCAUUGCGUUUAAGAAGAGUGAUUUCCAAGGCUUGGUAUCCAUGAGAGACCGAAGCGAUAGAAUAGACGGUGAGAGUGGGGUAGAGCCUGUAUCUUUAUCCAGAGAUGGAGAUAGUCUUAAUGGAGGGGAUUCUGUGAAUGUGUUGUCUGAUAAUAAUACACUAGAUGCUAGAGAUGACUUUUCUUUUGACUCUAGUAAGUAG